AUGACGCUCUCAGGUCAAUUGACAGCUAUACUGUCAUUUCUUGCCGUACCGUUAUUUGCCCCGUUGGCAGCUUGUCAAGUUGAGGGUGAAGGCAUUCUCAAUGCCGAAAUUGGCCGCUUAAACAACCAGAGCCUCUUAUGGGGUCCUUAUCGUCCAAACUUGUAUUUUGGAGUCCGCCCUAGGGUACCCAAGAGCUUGGCCACUGGUCUCUUAUGGGCAAAGGUUGAUAAUUAUGUCGAGGUCCAAAAUAGCUUCCGUUAUACAUGUGAGCAACAUGAGGGAAUGGCUGGUUAUGGAUGGGAUGAGUAUGAUACCCGAAGAGGCGGUGUGCAGCAUAUUCGUGAUGCCGGAAACAAAAUUGACAUAACUACCGAGUUCGUCAAGAUCCCGAGUGGCGCUCAUGGUGGAAGCUGGGCAGCCCGUAUUAAAGGCGAGCCCCGAGAUGAUGCACCCUCAGACCUUCAGACCACGGUACUGUUUUACGUUGCCUCGGAGUCUCUCGGUGAGACCGUUGAUAUUGGCAGCGAGGGCGACGAGCACGGAUUCGAAGGCGAUGUGACUUUUGUUGGCAAGUCCGCGGUUUUAGGAGACUAUAAGCUAGUCGUGACUAAGGGCACGGGCGAUCAUCCCAAAAGCGAUCAUGCCAUAUCUAGCAAAAGAGAUCUUAGCAAGACGGUAGUGCAGUCAUUAACUGUACCCGAAGAGCACUUAUGGCAGGCUAAGCAACUCCUAUUCCAGCAGCUCAAGGCGGGUGUAGACGAGAUCAUCCAGGAGUAUGGGGCCGAGAACGCACCCCCACCCUGGCAAGUUUACCAACUCUCGAACAAGCCUAAGCCUGGAAACUUUCAUCUUGUCCAAAAGGUAUUUGAGGGGGCUUUCGAGUUUGAUAUUCUGUUCUCGAGCGGCUCUGCUGGUAAGGAUAUUACAAGCGAAGACCUAACUCGGGAGAUCAAGUCAACGACUGAGUCUUUCAACGAGCGGUUUGUGGACGUCUUUGCGCCGCAAGCUCCGUUCAACGCCGACAAGUACCGCAAAUUCGGGCGAAGUAUGCUUUCCAAUCUUGCUGGAGGCAUAGGAUACUUCUAUGGACAACAUGUGGUAGAUCGGUCGUACGCUCCCGAGUAUGAUGAGGAAAACGAAGGGUUCUGGGAAGAGACCGCAGAAGCUCGCGCACGUAGGCAAGAGCAGCUCGAAGGCCCCUACGAACUAUUCUCUAGUAUCCCGUCUCGACCCUUUUUCCCUCGCGGGUUUCUAUGGGAUGAAGGCUUUCACCUCCUCCCCAUUGCUGAUUGGGAUAUUGAUCUUACCCUUGAGAUUGUCAAGAGCUGGUACAACUUGAUGGACGAGGAUGGUUGGAUUGCCCGCGAACAAAUCCUGGGCGAAGAAGCUCGAAGUAAGGUGCCUCCUGAGUUUCAAGUCCAAUACCCGCACUACGCCAACCCCCCAACGCUAUAUCUGGUUCUCGAAGCUUUCACCGAGAGGCUGCAGAAGACCAAUGGUAGUCAACAUGUAGGCGAGAAAGAACAUCUCACACCAGACACCGUCUUAGAAAGCGCACACGUCGAUAACCCCUCACUGGGUAUCGAGUAUCUUCGCAGUCUAUAUCCUCUUCUGCGUCGCCAAUUCCAGUGGUUCAAGAAGACCCAGUUCGGCGAUAUCAAAUCGUACGACCGACAGGCCUAUUCUACGAAGGAAGCCUACCGUUGGCGCGGACGCUCUAUUCAACACGUCCUAACGAGCGGAUUGGACGACUACCCCCGACCGCAACCUCCCCAUCCUGGUGAGCUACACGUGGACUUGAUGUCCUGGAUGGGCAUGACAGCCAGAGUGCUAGCGAAGAUCGCGGACUUCGUCGGUCUCCCUGAAGACGUGCAAGAGUACAACAAGGUAUUCGAUGGUAUAUCGCACAACUUGGUUGAUCUGCACUGGUCGGAAUCCGCAGGCUGCUUCUGCGACGCCACGAUCGACGAAUUUGAGGAGCACACACUCGUCUGCCACAAGGGCUAUAUCUCCCUAUUUCCGUUCUUACUAGGUCUGCUUCAGCCUGACGACCCCAAGCUCGGUAAACUCCUCGAUCUCCUAGGUGACGAGGAGGAACUGUUCAGCCCUCACGGUAUCAGGAGCUUAAGCAAGAAAUCCGAGUUCUACGGCACGGAUGAGAAUUACUGGCGUAGCCCUGUAUGGAUUAACAUCAAUUACCUUGCCAUUGUGCAACUCCGAAACUACGCCACCCAAGACGGCCCCUUCGCCGCCAAAGCCAAGACCCUAUACGCUAAGUUGCGGAACAACAUAGUCGAGACCGUCUACCAGAGCUGGGAGGACACGGGCUUCGCCUGGGAACAAUAUAAUCCCGAAACCGGCAACGGUCAGCGCACGCAGCACUUCACGGGCUGGACUAGUCUCGUCGUCAAGAUCAUGGCUUUCGACGAUCUGAGCUCCUGGUCGACGGGCGGGAGCGCGGCGGAAAGGGAGAGGGAUGAGCUAUAG